GACUACAAGUCAGGAACUCCCAUGCAGAGUGCUGCAAAAGCUCCCUACCUGGCAAAGUUUAAAGUAAAACGGUGUGGAGUAUCUGAGUUGGAAAGGGAAGGUCUUCGGUCCUGUUCUGAUGACACUGAUGACAGUACAGAGAAUGAUGAUUCUGAAAGGAUAUGUUGGCAGGCUGCCAUUUUUAAAGUUGGUGAUGACUGCAGACAGGAUAUGUUAGCGUUACAAAUCAUUGGUCUUUUCAAGAACAUUAUUCAGCUUGUUGGUUUGGAUCUCUUUGUCUUUCCAUACAGAGUAGUGGCAACAGCUCCAGGGUGUGGAGUUAUUGAAUGCAUCCCUGACUGCAAAUCACGAGAUCAGCUGGGCCGGCAAACUGAUUUUGGAAUGUAUGAUUACUUCAGGAACCAGUACGGAGAUGAAUCAACUUUAGCAUUCACAAAGGCACGGUAUAAUUUUAUCCGCAGUAUGGCUGCCUAUAGCCUCCUCCUCUUCUUGCUCCAAAUCAAAGACCGACACAACGGGAACAUCAUGUUGGACAAGAAAGGUCACCUCAUCCACAUAGAUUUUGGUUUCAUGUUUGAAAGCUCACCGGGAGGCAAUCUCGGCUGGGAGCCCGAUAUCAAACUGACGGAUGAAAUGGUGAUGAUCAUGGGAGGGAAGAUGGAGGCCACGCCCUUCAAAUGGUUCAUGGAGAUGUGUGUUAAGGGAUACUUAGCGGUCAGGCCUUACAUGGAUGCAGUGGUGUCACUCGUUACGCUAAUGCUGGAUACUGGACUCCCAUGUUUCCGAGGGCAGACUAUCAAGCUUCUGAAACAAAGAUUCAACCCGAACGUAAGUGAGAGAGAGGCAGCAAACUACAUCAUCAAAGUCAUUCAGAACUGCUUCCUGAGCAACAGGAGUAAAACCUAUGACAUGAUUCAGUACUACCAGAACCAGAUCCCAUACUGAUGAUGAACUCAAGACCGGAAAGAUGCUCAUGUUGUUUUCACUACUGUAUAAUUCUUGCACUUUUUAGCCUCAGUUUGUGUUACCCGCCUUUAAGGGUUGUAUCUUAAACUGUACUCUUGGGACCUCGCAACAAUCACUUGUUAUAAAAUGGAUAUUCAAUCACUCUUUGCAAUUAUAGAACAUAGAAUAUGUGUCAAAUCAUAGUUGAAGCAUUAAUUGCACUAUAUAUGUUGUAUGUUGAGAUGAUGAAAUUGAAAUAUUAAAGUUGUAUGUGGAGAUAUUAUUUUUCUUUAGAGUAUGUAAAUGUGCGAUACAGAUAUUAAAUCUAUAAAGAGAAUAAAGUAGUUGAAUUAG